ACAACAAAUGAUGUAGAUGGAAGAGAAUCUGCAGGCAUCUGGUUCAAGUCUCAAAUCUGGCCGAAAGAAUGAAGUCUUUGGUUUGCGUGUGGCUUCUGGUCUUAGUGGUGGUCGUCCACAGUCAGAAAGACCCCAAUGUGUGGGCUAACAGAAGCGCCAUCGUUCAUCUUUUCGAAUGGAAAUUUAACGACAUCGCCGAUGAAUGUGAGAGAUUCCUUGCUCCGAAUGGUUACGCUGGUGUUCAGGUAUCUCCUGUCCAGGAGAACGUUAUAGUGAGUUCGCCUAACCGACCCUGGUGGGAGAGGUACCAACCCAUUUCUUAUAAAAUUGUGACCCGUUCGGGAGAUGAAGCGGCUUUCAGGUCCAUGGUUCGUCGCUGCAAUGACGUUGGUGUCAGAAUAUACGUAGAUAUUGUUAUCAAUCAUAUGACCGGCGAUCAUGCCACUGCUGUUGGUGUGGGCGGAUCAACUGCCGAUACUUACAAUCUGCAGUAUCCGGCUGUGCCCUUCGGACCCAACGACUUCAACCAACCUCAGUGUGGCAUCGACAAUUACGAGGACCCAAAUAAUGUUCGAAAUUGCGAACUUGUAGGUCUUCACGAUUUGAACCAAGGAAGUGGCUAUGUACGAGAAAAGAUUAUUGGUUUUCUUAAUCUUCUGGUGGAUUGUGGAGUGGCAGGAUUUAGGGUUGAUGCUGCCAAGCACAUGUGGCCCAGUGAUCUGGAAGACAUCUACAGUCAGGUGAACAAUCUACGGACCGACCAUGGUUUUGCCCCUGGAAGCAGACCUUUCUACUAUCAGGAAGUUAUUGACCUGGGUGGUGAAGCAAUACACAACACAGAUUAUACUGGUUUUGGCCGUAUCACCGAGUUCAAAUACAGUGCUGAGAUUGGGAAUGCUUUCCGAGGAAACAAUCCUAUCAAGUAUCUCUGGAACUUUGGUGAAGACUGGGGAUUUGUCUAUAAUGGAGAUGCUCUUGUUUUUGUGGACAACCAUGACAAUCAAAGAGGUCACGGAGCUGGAGGUGCAAGUAUUCUCACCUACAAGGAACCCAAACUGUAUAAGAUGGCGGUUGCUUUUGUAUUGGCCUAUCCAUAUGGCUACCCACGUGUAAUGUCUAGCUUUGACUUCAGUAACUCUGAUCAAGGCCCUCCCCAAGAUGGUGAUGGCAACAUCCUGUCACCAAUUAUCUACAAUGACAACACUUGUGGUAAUGGGUGGAUCUGUGAGCAUCGGUGGAGACAGAUCUACAACAUGGUUGGCUUCAGGAAUGUUGUGGCAGGAACUGGUGUGAAUGAUUGGUGGGACAACUCAGACAAGCAAAUUGCAUUUUGCAGAGGAGGCAGAGGCUUCAUUGCCUUCAAUGACCAGUAUAAUGUAGACUUGAAGGAAACAUUACAAACGUGCCUCCCUGCAGGUAUCUACUGUGACAUCAUCUCAGGUUCAAAGGUUGGAAACAACUGUAGUGGAAAGUCUGUUAUUGUUGACGGUUCUGGAAGAGCUUACAUUGAAAUCCUGUAUGCCGAGUCUGAUGGCGUCCUAGCCAUUCAUGCUGAGUCAAAGCUGUAAAUCAAGCAACUGAAGACUGAGCUUGUAAAUGAAGAAUGUUAUUAUGGAUAACGAGAAGGGAACCAAUCAGCUAUCUUCAUGUUUCUUGUGAACUACUCAGCAGCAAUUGUAUCAGCAACAUAUUUUAUAUUUUGAAAUUGUUCUGUUAAUAAAGUGUUAACUCAACAUACAAGUAAUGCCUUUGUAAGCAAUAUAUCUUUUGAAACUAUAGAAUCUCGACCUCUAACUUAUCUUCAAAUUGUAAAAAAGAAGAGAAAUAAAAAAAUAAUAACUCUGACAGUAUCUGUAACAAGAUUUUGUGCUGUCAAGUUGUGAUUUUAAUUCUUUGAAGCACAAAUUUGAUGUUUAACAGUUCUUUUCCUGCCACAGAGAAGAUACAUUGUACAGAAAGAUCAGUUAGUUGACGGAAAUAUUCAAUUCUUUUUCUGAGAAUCAAGUAAAAUCCAUAAAAACACUCUAUAGACAAAAUUCAGAAUUACUGGAUGUUAAAUCAUGUAAAGUGUAUGUUUCAAAGACUUAAUGGAAUCAUUCAGGUGCACAUAUUUCUAUCAAUAGAUGAGUAAGUUCUAUAGGCCUAUUUCAAUUUAUGAUUUUCUGCAAUUUAAUUGGUAAAUGUAUUGAUAUAUUAAAGUGUAAUUUUUAGAGCACUUCUUUCAGAGAGAGAGAGAGAGAGAGAAAUUAAAUAGCAUGAAAUAUUUUUCACAAUUGCUGUAGAGUUCAAAUUCAUCUUUAUUAUAUUCCAAGAAAAACUGGCAUAAAUACUGGCAAUCUUGUGCAUGAAACAACUUUAUUAAGAAAAUUUGAAACAUACAUUGAGUGUGGUCUCAAGAAUGUACACCAUUGUCAAUGUCCAGAAACUAUAAUUCUAAAUUAAAGGAAGCAAUCAAUGUAGCCAUCA